AUGAAUUUAGUUGGUUCGUCUGCUCAUAAAUAUGGAAUGCUGGAGAUUCAGAGCUAUUACGAUUCCCAGUGCGCGAUUGACGAGACAAGCAUUUGUUCCUUUCCCGUAUGGCCAGAGAAGACCCGCCAUAUCUGGUCAAAUGUGUUUAAAAUCUUCUACGAUCUGCCCCCGAUUUUAGACAACGAUGGCUACAAUUCAAUACUAGAAAACUGUCAGGCACUGGCCGAGCUGGCGGAAGAAUUGCAAUCCGCUGAGGUUGUCUGUCCCGCUAUCAACAAAACCCUCCUCGGCUUUGACCAGCAGCUGUAUCGGGUUAUCGCGCAAAAUCCCAUUGACUGGGUCACGCUGGCGGUCCGUAUCCAGUCCGCACCUAUCUUUCAGGAGUCCAUGGUUCAUUUAGUAGGUAAAUGGAGUCUCAUUAAGGAAAGUGACCGCGAAUUACUACCUCAGAACAUCCGCACAUUAUGCAAUCAGAAGAUCCAUGAUCUAAACGCCAUCAAGAAGACCAUCGAGUUACGGAUCGUGAACAGCUUGCCUCGUCCACGCUCGGACAGCCCUCAAUACCGAGAAACAAGCAACUACUUUGGGUGGAUGGCGCUGACUUUCUACCAGCAAUGGCUUUGUGAGUCCUUUGCAGAAGGCCGCAACCACCAUGCGCCAGAUGGAGGAGCGGCAUUCUACCGCGCAAUCGCGGCGGGGGGCGACUUUUAUUUAAACAAGCUUGAUCAGGACAUUUCCCAGUUCUCCGCGUCUUUCGGAGCCAAUGCUGGCAGCAACAAGGGUUUAAGAGAACUGGAGAAAGAUCUCAACGAGUUGAAGAAAGGCAUGAAAGGCCUAGUCAGUGACUUGCUUGUCAGUCACGCUAAAUAUGAUUCCGCCAUUCUGGGAGAGCUUCCAUACCUGACUUGCUGUAAUGUCAGCGAGGAAGAAAUGCCACCGGCUAAAGCGACCUUCGGAGUUGAGAUAGGAUCACAAGUUCAAGAGUUCAGGAAUACUCUGGCGUUUCUUCCUAGCAAUAGCGAUACUCACACCUUCUUCCCUUCUGCGCCGGUACCUAACAUGGGCGUGGCAAGCGCCGGCGCCAUGGUAGGUUUCAAUAACAACCUCGCCAAUAACUACCCGCUGAAUCCCGGAUUGCAAAACGAUAACCCUAAUAUGUUCACUUUCAACGCGUUCAACCAACAAUCUACGGAUACCACUCUGAUGUGGGACAACACAGUGGGCUUCUCAUCACCGUCCCUUAACAACGGGGGGCCCCUACCAUCAAUAUCUGAAAUUACUGACACCAACAGCAUUUACCAGGCGCAAACACAGUCGCAGACGCAGUUUGACGAUGGCACCGACUUAGGAGGCAGUCUGAAUAUGUUCGAUGUUCCUCUACUGACUGAUGGCGGAGGAUACGCGCAGCAUGGUAACGACGGAAGUAUGGCAUUUCUCUGA